AUGGCCCGUAAUAUGUUCCCCAGCCCCAACCCUUUCGGCAGUGGGACCUCCGACGUCUCCAAGAUAGAAGAAGAAGACGAAUUCAUCUCGUCCCCCACACAAACCAACUUCCACCACACCGCCCCCGGUCAUCAAUAUCUUGCCGCUACCUCUCGUUCCCCCACAGAUCAUCCAGCGGGCCCUAGCGGACUCAGCAACAGCACCAGCACCAGCGCAGCUGGAGGUGGAGGAGGCGACGCAGAAGCCGACGGCGACUCAUUCCACCGCAACCCCUUCUCCAGUGUUCCCCAAGAAUCCCAUGCUCCCUCCUCCUUUCCCCCAUCCGGCACCAGCAUUAGCACCAGCCCCCCAGACCCCAGCUUCCCAAACAACUACGCCCUAGGUCGCCGCACCUCCGUCUCCGCCGAAUCCCUGAACCCCUCCAACUCAGGCGCAGACAGCUGGAUCCCCCCCUACCACCCCAAAACCCCUGUCCAACUCUCCCGCCUCCAAAAAGCCGUCUCCACAAACUUCCUCUUCACUCACUUGGAUGACGAACAGUUCCGCACAGUGCUCAACGCCCUCGUCGAAAAGCCAAUACCGGCAAAGGACAUCAAGGUCAUCACCCAAGGCGACGCAGGUGACUUCUUCUACAUCGUCGAAAAUGGUGUGUUCGACGUCUACAUCAACCCAGCCGGCUCCGUGCAACCGGGCGGCGCCGCAGGCCUAGGCACGAAAGUCACAACCAUCGGUCCGGGAGGCUCAUUUGGUGAAUUGGCACUAAUGUACAAUGCCCCCCGUGCCGCCACCGUCAUCUCAACAGUUCCCAAAUCCACCCUCUGGGCCCUGGACCGCAUCACCUUCCGCCGCAUCCUGAUGGACUCCGCCUUCCAACGACGCCGCAUGUACGAAGCGUUUCUCGAAGAGGUUCCCCUUCUCUCCUCCCUACGUCCCUACGAGCGCGCCAAGAUCGCAGAUGCGCUGGACACAGUCAAGCACAGCGCGGGCUCUACGAUUAUCAAAGAGGGGGAUCCUGGUAAUACGUUUUAUUUACUUGAAUCUGGGGAGGCGGAGGCGUUUAAGCAGGGCAUUGAGGGGCCUGUGAAACAUUAUAAGCGGGGGGAUUAUUUUGGGGAACUUUCGUUGUUGGAUGAAAAGCCUAGGGCGGCGAGUGUGGUUGCCAAGACGGAUGUGAAGGUUGCGCAAUUGGGGAGGGAUGGGUUUAAGAGGCUGCUUGGAUCUGUGGAGGAUAUUAUGAGGCGGGCGGAGUAUGAGACUGCUGCUUCUAAUGGUGGUGCUUCUAAUGCGACGAAUGAGAGUGAUUCUGCGCAGAAAGGGAGGUAG